AUGUACAAAUCACAAUUUGUAUUAUUAUUGGUUGCUACCUUUUUGUUAUUAUUCUGUAGUAGUAAUUUGGUUGUUGCUAAAUUACAAUCAAACUAUGGUCUAUCAAGUUUAACAUUUGAUGGUAACCAAACGAUUACUGCAAUUGGUUCAUUUGGUGAUGAUUCAUCAUUGGUUUCAGUUUGGGUUGGUGAUCAAAACAAUACCACCCCAUGUCCAAUUGUUAGUUUCUACAAUUCUAGUAUCAGUUGUACCAUCAAUCCACGUCCAUCUGGUACCAAGAACGUGUUUAUCGGAAUCAAUAAUGGUAACCAAACUGUUUUAGAAGGAUCACUCUCUUUUAGUAAUGCCACCACUGACUAUUACAUCUCGCAUGUUGCCUACAACAACACCGACAAUACAAUCAAGAUUCUUGGUAGUUUUGGUAAUGAUGGUUCCAAUCCAAAUCCACAACCACCACAAUCAAACUAUACACUUUCAAGUUUAACAUUUGGAGGUAAUCAAACUAUCACUGCCACUGGUUCAUUUGGUGAUGAUUCAUCUUUGGUUUCAAUUUGGGUUGGUGAUCAAUACACUCCAUGUCCACUUGUCAGUUUCUCCAACUCCAGUCUCAGUUGUAUCAUCAAUCCAGUUCCAAUUGGUACCAAGACUGUUAGUAUUAGAAUCGGUAGUGUUGUAUUAAACGGUGUACUCUUUUUCAAGAAUGUUACCAAUCAUUUCAUCUCGUAUGUCUCUUACAAUGACAUUGACAACUCGUUAAUGAUCGUUGGUAGCCUCGACAACAACACUGUCGGUGCCACUCAUGUAUAUGUCACCUUCAACGGAUGGGUACAAUCAUUUUGUGCCGUCACCUCUGUCGGUCCUUCAUUUGUCAAUUGUCAAUUAAACGAACGUUUACAAACCAAUAAGACUUAUGAUAUCCUACUCCAUAUUGACAAUCAAAAUUUAUACUCCACUGUUUAUAUCCCAUCAGCCAAUCCAAACCCAAACUAUUACUUUAGUUCAUUCCGUUCAACUAUUUAUCCAUUGGGACUUGAAGUGAGUGGAUCUUUUGGUAAUACAUCUACUAGUGUUAAUAUUACUAUCAACUAUGGUGGUCAAGUCAACCGUUGUCCAAUCUAUUACUUUUCAUCAACUUAUUUGUUGUGUAAUCUUGGUAACAACUAUCCAGUCAAUGGUGGAUACUAUCAAGUCAACGGUGCAAUCGACAAUGUAAUCUAUAAUAGUACCAAUGUCUAUUUUGAACCAACCAACUCUUCCUCCUCGUCUUCAUCCUCGUCCUCGACCAACUCAUCGUCAUCAUCGUCAAGCUCCAACAACAACUCAUCAUCGUCAUCAUCAUCGUCAUAUUAUGAUGUAACAUGUUCUUUGAGUAGAACAGGUCAACUCAAGGUAGAGUAUUCAGGAGACACUCUAAUCAAUUGUACCUCUCAAGGUAUCAGCCAAUGUAAUUCACCAGUUGUUCAACUUCAAUGCCAAGGUCUCACUAGUUCCUCUUUGACCAGAUGUUUAGCUCCACACGAAAUUGUUUGUCAAGGAUCAUCAUCUGUUGUAUGUCGUGUUGGUGGUAUGUCUUGUUCCAUUGAAGGUGGUCAAUUAACCAUCACAGCCGAUACAACUGCCACUUUCAAUCACAAUGAAAAUCCUCAAGAAUCCAAUUCACAAACCAAUGAUACCUCCUCUGCAUCAUUCUCAACUCUUUUCAUCCUCUCUUCGUUAUUAUCCGUCAUUUACAUUUUAAUUUAA